AUGCUUAUUAAGUCCGAGGCCCAUCGCCUGGGCUUUGAUGCCUGCGGUAUUGCGAAAGCAGUGGCGCUGGAUGAUGAUGCCCGCCGCCUGGAAAGCUGGCUGAACAAGGGAUUCGGGGCUACGAUGCAUUGGAUGGAGAAACAUUUUGACCUGCGCAUUGAUCCCCGGAAACUGGUGCCGGGCGCUAAGUCGGUCAUUACCCUAUUACUCAAUUAUUAUCCGGAAGAGCAGCAACAACCGGCGGCUCCUAAGAUUGCGAAGUAUGCCUGGGGCAUGGACUAUCAUGAUGUGAUACGGGCC